UAUUUUUUUUUUUACAGUAUAGGGUUACACUUUUUAGGGUUUUAUAUACACACACACACAAACUGACAUUUGCUCAUAAUUUAUUAUAUACAAUAGCUAAAAUGUAAUUGAUACUCUUCCCUUACAAAAUUACUGCUUUCUUUUUCAGCGUAUCUGUUACAUUCUUACUGCGUAAUAAUGCGUUGCUUACUUAUUUAGUGAAAAUGCUUGGCAAUUGUGUCGUGUAGCAAUAAUCAUGGGCACUCUGAUUGUGGACGAGGCUGUCACUCAUCCACUCUGAGCGUGAGCCUGCAGCCAGUGAUGAUCCCAGCAUCCCUGCCGAGACCGAGACCACGACCACACCACCGCGUUGUUUUUAUUUAAUGCACAUUUAAAUGCCACAAACCGGAAUAUCGAAUUUUCAUUAGAAUCGUCUGAGCGAGUGUUCGUGCAGAUGGACUAACAGCGAACGUGCGAAAACAAGCGCACACUGGCUGGAAUCGCGCGGUGAAAGCCACACGGGACGCCGUCUGAACAUCAUUGUGAACAUCAUCAGCUGGCCACAUUCGCACCCUCCGCCGUCUCUAUGGAAACCGAGUACCAUCAGGCAUCAUUGGGCUCUCUGGUUUGUACCCAAGAUGAAGAGCCGAUGAGCUGCCAGACCCCGGGCCCUGUGACAUACCAGCCGGGGACAACCGGGGUCGGAUCAGACUCUUUCCCAUGUCUGCGUCCCCUUGCUUUCCCCCAGCAGUCCAACGAGGACGCGCGGCGCUCGGGAGAGAUAACCAUUAUUGUCAAGGAGAAAGCCGAGAGUGCCGAUAGGAUUUGUUCAUCCCCGAAUAAUGGUGCUGCCUCCAAACCCAUUCUCUCGUCUCCUCCUCGCCGGCAUCAUUCUCUCCCUCAUUCGCACCAUCCACAUGUGGGCCGCACCCGGAUGGGCAGCCGCUCCAGCUCCAUCGCCUACACAGCAUUCUCCCCACGGCCCUCGAUUUCACGCCACUCCAGCAUCGCCACCAACCCCCCGAUGGACCGCUCCAAACCCAAAGACUACCUCAUCCUCGCCAUCAUCGCCUGCUUCUGUCCUGUCUGGCCAAUCAACAUUGUGGGAUUUGUUUACUCCAUCAUGUCGCGGAACAGUCUAGAGCAGGGGAACAUAGACGGAGCGAGACGACUGGGUCGCGUGGCCAAGCUGCUCUCUGUGGUCUCUCUGGUGGGAGGAGCCAUCAUCAUCGUAGCAUGCGCUGUGAAUCUGUCAAUUAAUGUCAAAUCCUGAGAGUGGUGAGCGUGCCACAGAAUCCAGCUUCACAUCAGACCACUGACCCGAACACCACGGCCCAUUUGUUUUGCCCCACUGCUGCUGUGACGGCAAUCGCAACGUAGAGAGCAAUCGAUAAUCGGAUGACUUUGCUCUCUGAGAGAACCCUUGGUAAUCUGCACCAACAUGCCAUCCUUCAAACAGAUGGAGCAAGAUACUUCACUGAUGUCUCUCACAUCAACGAGAAAAGAGUGAAAGAGUUUUACUCUUGCGUUUGUUUCCUUGACACUUACUCCGAGGCUGUUGGAGUCUCUCACACCUAAACUGUAGCUCACGCUCUCGUUGAGGAGAAUUGCUGCUAAAGCAAAAGUAUUUUUCCUUCUCCAGAAGCAGAAAACAAGCCAAACCAAUAUACAGACGAGGGUUUGUCAGAUUAUUCCUCCCGACGUCAGUUGCUCUGAAGAUUGCUAUGAAGUGGAUCUCCUCAGUCGUGACAAAGCUCAUGAAAACUGGAGUCGUGAUCUCGUCCUUAUAUCAGAGACACACUUGAUUUACCAUGUUGGCAACAUUUGUUCAGCUUUAAAACCUCAGAGAACCAUUUAUGAGAAGAUGACCUGUGAGUAAAGAGGAGAGAUGUCUUAGUAACAAGAGUUAUCUUUUUUUUUCUUCAUGUCUUUGUAUGCUCUUCAUUUAAAAAUGGGGGGGGAAAUAGAUAUAUUUUCUGCCAUCAGACAUUUGGAGUUAUAUAUCAUAUGAUAACGUUCUUUAUUUUUCAUUUUACUUUUUCAAAUGACAAUCAAAGCUUUCUUUUUCUUUCUUUCAUUCUUUUCACUUGUCUUUUUCUCCAGAAAAUUAGACUGUUCUUGAACGUGACACACAUGUAGUCGUGCUUACACAAAAUGUAGCAAACAGCCCUAAAACUGUGUUUUGGACAACCAAAAUAUUGCAACUGAAAAUAAUCCACACCCUUUUUGAUGAAGCAAUAUGCAAGCACUCACAGGCAAAAUGGAUUUUCAUCACAUAGUAAAAGUGUUUCUGGAAAUUAUAAUCUUUAUAAAAACACACUGUGUCUGCUGCAAACCUUUGUAUUGAUCUGUGUUGUUGGGUUAUUUAUAUACACUGUGUAAUUUGAAAUAUAUGUAGCUAAAUGUAGCCGAAUCACAACCGAAUCUUGCAAUAUUGUAUUAAUUAGACGUUGUGUUAAUGAACCCGUCCUGUAGAUCCAAAUGGGACAUUCGACUGGUAAUACUGAUGAGUCUACGAGCUCGUGGGGAUGUUGUAGGUUUUGAAUUGUAUAUGAAGAGGAAUGUAAGAUUUUGACUUGUGGGACAAUGGGUUUGUAACGAGGGGCAGUUGAUGUCAGCAUUCUCUGGUUGUGAAUGGAUGUAGAUUUUGUGCAUUUCACUUCUGUUUAGAUUCAAAUGGUACUGCAUAUGUUAUAUUAGAAAAAUUGUGAUACGUGAUUAUAUUUAUGGUAGGUCCAGGUGGUUAAAUCCAUGCAUUUCUUUAUAUCUUUUUUUAAAAACAGUUUAUAAUACAUCCCUUUAUUUUUCCUGAUACCCUUUUGGCACGCGGGAAUACAUAAACAUUCUUGUUUCAGUCCACCCUGAUAGAAUGAGAAAGAGCUGAAAUGUAUGAAAUAUUUAGCUAUUACAAACAUUGUGUACUUAUUUUUGCAUGCACCCUUCUUACUCAAAUAUUUUGAUAGUCUUGCAAGAGGCACUCUUUCCCUCUAUGUAUCCUCCGCAGGGAAACCGAAUAAAGCAUUAAAAGGA